AUGAUCCUCUUUCGAAGCCAAGCAGCCAGCAUCUGGGUCCUCUGUAGCAAGAGCAUUGCUUACGGAGAGGUUGUCUAUGCCGACCGGAGCCGCAGCUCGGUGCCCAAAAACACGCGGCAUGUAGCGUGCUGCCACCAAGACCUUGGGACACUCAAGGAGAAUGACAGGCGUCUGCUGCUCAACAGCACAGAAGAGGAAAAGGCAGCCAUCCAAUUCGCGCUUGGCAGCAGCAGCAGUAGUCCUCCGCCUGCCAUGUCGGCCCUUGAGAUCAGGCGACCACCACCACUCCUCAAUGACGUCAAGGCUGCCAUUGACCAGCUGGCCUCUUCGUUGCCCAUGUCUGACAAGCUGCCGGCAUGCUUUGUGCACCAUGGCUCAGCAGCGUCCAUGCCACAUCUAGGCCAGGAGGAGCACCAGCGGCUUGUUGCAGCCAGCCUCAAUGUUUGGCACACCAUUGUUGUCCGGCUUGCCUAUGUCCCUUGGCAGGUGUCUGAAGAUGACCAGUGGGAGGAUCGAGCUGCUCGCCUGUCUGCUGAUCCUUUGCUAAAGUUUGUCAACCCACAGCGGAUAUUGGGCGACCUGCGCCUCAUCGAGCCCAGGAUCUCUUCAAUGGGGGAUCUCUCGUUUGAAGAGCACCUUGCAGUGCUCAAGGACCUGCUCAUGGUCGCCCAUGCCUAUGACGUGGAUGUUCUUGCCAAUGUCUGCCAAGAGGUGCGAAGAGACCCGGACACCCUGGUGCCUGCCAACAUGCCCAUCGAGGAAGAGGACGUGGACAAGGCUCUGGCUGGCCUUGCUAAGCGGAUGAAGCAGCUCUUUUCUUCUCCAUUUGAUACUGCUCCAGUCGCCGCCAUGGCUUCCGUCGCUGCUAUGGCCCCAGUCACUGCUGCUGCUCCGGUCGCCGCUACUACCGCCGCCACCGACGCCGCCGCCACCCACACUGGGCCUUUGUCCAGUCCGCCAAAGAGGUCCAUGGGCAUGCUGCGCAGACGGUCGUCCGAUGCCGCCUCAGACCUCGGACGCAAGCUCUUCCACUUCUUCCACAGUGUCACAAAGCUCAAUCGCAACAUAGCUGUGGCCAAGUCCGGCACCGUGAUCACGUCGUUCGUCACCACAACGGCGGCCGAGGAGGAGCAAAAGGGUGGCAUUGACCCUGCCACGGGCAUCUGGGAGCCGUACAAUGAGUACAUCAAAGUCAACUACACGCCGAUAGAGAAGCUCUACUGCAAUCCCAAAAAGCACGACGAUGUCUGCGACCCGGCGCGAGGUGGAUGUGGACAGCGUGGGCACUGGGCCCAAGACCAUGUCUGUGUCAAGCACAAUGGCCCAGGUACACCUGAAAAGGUAGUGGUCCCUCACUACUGGGGUAUCUAUGCAUGGGCACUCCAAGAGGCAAGGUCGAGGGAGCGGAGGAUUCGAACGCUUACAAGGGAGCUUGCCGAGUGCCGCAAAAGCCUCUUGGCGUGCGAGCAGCAGCAGCAGCAGCAGCAGCAGCAGCCGUUGCAACAACGACAGCAGCAACACGACCACACCUGGGCACGUCUCUUGACGACGUCAACCAUCCUGCUCCACUCGUCGCUCUCACUGGCCAGGCGGGCGACGCUUGAUCCAAUUGUCGACAGGCGCAAGGUGGUCGCCGCGGCCACAUUCUCCACAGCCAUCGAGGUGGUUGCCCAUUCGACGCCAACACCAUCAGUACAGCCAUUUUGCUGGACCAAUAAUGAGUUUGCCAAGGCAUGGGUCGAAGGCACUACCUUUUGGGAGAUGCUGCGGAAGGAGGGCGAGAUGGCUGUGGGCAAGCCAUACUGGAGCGCCCGUGGUAUCACCACUGCUGUGGACCUCAAGACCAAGGAGGAGCUUGCACUAAGGUGGACGACGGAUCGGCAGACUUAUUUGGAGCGUGCCACAGCCCUUGGUGGCAUCAGCAUGAGCACCAGCAUCAGCAUCAAGGAGGUGCCAAGCCGCCUAAGGGAGCUUUUGCAAGAGGCAGCACUCGCGCUGGUGGGCAGAGAUAUGGUCGAUGACGCUGUGGCCAUGGAGAUGGCUGCCCUUGCUAAGGCCACAGAUGGCCCCUGGCUUCAGGACUACCUCAACUUUGGUCGGAGCAUUGCAAGGCAUGCCGUUGGGCAGAUCGAUGCCUUUGUGGACCGUCGUGCCAUUGAGCUCCUUGCCUUUACCGACAAGUGGGCUGCUGGCACCAAGGAUUGGCUCGCUGUUGCCACCAAGCUUGAGCCAUUUCCCGUCGAUGGCAGGCUUGCCACCAUCCUGCAGGCGCCGUUCCCAAGGCACCAUCCACGCUCCUCUACAGACAUGGGCCCACUCCGUCCAAAGCCAAUGCUGUCGCACGUCCAGGAGGAAGACACAGACAUCAACCUUGCACAAUUACCGUUUGAUGCUGGCGAAACAGUUCCUGUGCCUGGCACAAGCUUUUGCAGAACCAACGUGGUUGGCGCAGACGGCAAUUGCCUUUUUCGUGCCGCUGCCUUGCUUGUCUUUGGAGACCAGACUCGACAUGCAGAGCUGAGGGCAAGCGUCGUUACUCUUGGCAGGUCCUACCUGCAGAGCACACUGCCCAGGGACACCAAGACCACUGCAGACUUCGAGCGGCAGGCUAGACUGAUGGAACAGGGCACCGACGGCCAGCUCUAUGAGUCCCUCCAAGCAUGGCUCGACAACAUGGACAAGCCGUCUACAUGGGGUGAUGAACUUGCACUACUCCUCAUCAGCCAACUUCUCCAGAGACCCAUUGCAGUAGCCACGGUCACACAAGGUGGAACAACCGUGUCUAUCCUCGCGCCCUGUCAUCAGCCCGACGACAACCACCUCGGCUUCUGCCACCUCGGUGGUGGACACUAUGAGCUCCUACUCACCCCUGAGUCCACUUCCUCCAUCUAAGCCAUUCGAGCACUCUCAAUACAGCCCACGCCUCAAAAUGAAUGAUGAGACAGAGCAAGUGAUCAUGACUAGCCCGUAGAAACAAAAAAAAAUCGUGCCGUGGCUGAUCGACAGUAGGACUACGUUACUCACCAAGCUGAGAAGCAAGCACACAUCCACUGAGUGAGCACAUCGCCAGUGUCGCCCUUGGUUAAUCCCUUGGCCUGUCGCACGAAAAGCUUAGACUCCUGGCCCUCUCGAGCCCCACCGAAGCUCUACCUAGCACAGGCUCCAGUUCAGGUGGUUCUGAGAGAUCCAGGACAUAUAGCUGGUGGGGUUCAAAGCCAG